AUUAGGUACGAUGAAUUAGAACAACAAGCAAUGGAGCAAUAUAGAACUUCAGAGGAAUCUUUGGCGCUUAAAUAUCAAGAACUCGAACGCCAAGCAAUGGAACAAUACAAGUUUUGUAGUAGCAACGUACAAGAUGAUACAGUUCCACGUACGCUGAUGGAUGAUAAAAACAUUUAUGAACGAUUUAAAAAAAAUUUUAAAGAAGAAAAUUGUUUUGGUGGACAAAAAUGUUCCGGGUUUGGAAAAUGUAGUCCUGUGAAUACGGAUGUGAAAGAAGAAGGAGAUGAUUUUCUGCAGAAACAGGGAAAUUUUGUACGAAUGGAAAAUAAAAAUGAAUUAGAUGUUCCUUGCCGAUUUUUCUCCGAUAAAAAUAGUCGAUCAAGCAUUCUUUCAAAAAGUUUGACCACCUUAUCUGAAGAACUAUCUCAAAAAUCGAAAAACACAGCUAAGGGUGCAUCAGGUGAUAAAAUCAGCAAAAGUGUUUCAGUCCGGACAUCGUCAAAAAGGCGUCUGAUACUGGUGUCACCCUUUGAGAAAGAAUCAGAAGCCAAAUUAACGAGAUCAACUGAUCUAGAAGAAUUUUAUUGUAUCACACGAGCAAAUAAAAAUAUCUUCGGCUAUUACAAUAAUUCAAAAAUCGGACAAAUUGGUGGUGGAGAUGAAAAUAUAACUAUAAUUCAAUCUCCCAGAACAGAAGGUAUAAAUUUCAAAGAAAAAAUAUAUAAACAAUUUUUUAAUACUUUUUUUUUAGUUUGGCUCUCAGGUUUUUGGACCACAUGAAGAAUGAAACUUUUAGGAAUCAAGAAAGGAAUAAAACUUAUUCAAUAAAGAAAACAAUUAUAUUAAAUAGAUUAAUGUAUUUAAAUAUCAUAAUAAAUGCUUCGAAAAUUCUGUAUAAUAUACAUGCAUGUAUAUUUUAAUAAAAAUGACUUGAUAUUUUUUUAAUUACUAAAUAUUCAAGCAUGAUCCGUUCAGGCAGUACAUACAUAUGUAUUUCGUUUUAUUAAUUAAUUCAUCUUUCGCAAAAAAAAAAGGAAGAUAAGAGAGCAAUUAACAAUAAUUAUCGUUAUUUUAUAAAAAUUAUUAAGUAUUUUGAUAA